AGCGCGCGGAAGCACGCGCGGCGAGACAGAGUCGGAGCCCGGGCCGGAACCGGAGCAAGAGCGCGGCGCAGAGCCCCAGGAACCGGCGGCAGCGACGGAGCGGAGCCGGGCGCGGAAUGGCCCACGGACCCACGCGCUCUUCUGCUCCACCUAGAGCCCUGUUCGCGGCCCGGGAUGCCAAGAUCUCUGGACCGCAAGCCUGCACUGUUUUGAGAGGGAGAUGACUUGAGUGGCCAGCUCUUAAUCUCCACAACAAUGUCCACGAACAAUUCCAAACAGCCAGUGUCUCCUGCAGCUGGGCUCCUUUCAAAUACAACUUGCCAAAUGGAAGAAGAGCUUUCAAUAUCUUUUUCGAUAACCUUCAUGACAGUGGGAAUCUUAUCAAACAGCCUUGCUAUUGCUAUUCUCAUGAAGGCAUACCAGAGAUUUAGACAGAAGUACAAGUCAUCGUUUUUGCUUUUAGCUAGUGCUCUGGUAAUCACAGAUUUCUUUGGGCACCUCAUCAAUGGAGCUAUAGCAGUCUUUGUAUAUGCUUCUGAUAAAGACUGGAUCCAUUUUGACAAAUCCAACGUCCUUUGCAGUAUUUUUGGUAUCUGCAUGGUAUUCUCUGGUCUGUGCCCACUUUUUCUAGGCAGUGUGAUGGCCAUUGAGCGAUGUAUUGGAGUCACCCAACCAAUAUUUCACUCUACGAAAAUUACAUCCAAACAUGUUAAAAUGAUGUUGAGUGGAGUGUGCUUUUUUGCUGUUUUCGUAGCUUUGCUGCCCAUCCUUGGGCAUCGUGACUAUAAAAUUCAAGCGUCGAAGACCUGGUGUUUCUACAAAACAGAUCACAUCAAAGACUGGGAAGAUAGGUUUUAUCUUUUACUUUUUUCUUUUCUGGGGCUCCUAGCCCUUGGUAUUUCAUUUUUUUGCAAUGCCAUCACAGGAAUAUCACUUUUAAGAGUUAAAUUUAAAAGUCAGCAGCACAGACAAGGCAGGUCACAUCAUUUUGAAAUGGUCAUCCAGCUCCUGGGUAUAAUGUGUGUCUCCUGCGUUUGCUGGAGUCCGUUUCUGGUGACAAUGGCCAGCAUUGGAAUGAAUAGGCAAGAUUUUAUAGGUGCCUGUGAAAGAACCCUUUUUACUCUUCGAAUGGCAACAUGGAAUCAAAUCUUAGAUCCCUGGGUGUAUAUUCUUCUACGGAAGGCUGUCCUUAAGAGUCUCUACACAUUUACCAGACGCUGUUGUGGAGUACAUAUCAUCAGCUUAAAUGUUUGGGAACUUAGCUCCAUUAAAAAUUCCUUAAAGGUUGCUGCUAUUUCUGAGUCACCAGUUACAGAGAAAGUAACUCAGCAAACAAGCACCUAGUUCAGUAGGAUGGUAAAUCAGUGUAAGUCUAGGACCAAAUUAAGGAAAGUUUUGGCAAUAUUUCAGUUAAUGUAUAAAUAUAGAAAGCCUAACUGGAAAAAUCAACCCUCAGCCAGAUAGUUUGGGGGGCACUUUUGUCAGAUUUGGCUUUUGAAAUUUGUCAAAUUAACUGUAUAAUUGUGCAUUUUCACAUGUUUUUGUCAACUGGAGGUAAACGUGAUGAAAUAAUGCCACAGGAGUCAAACUGAAAACAAUUUUGGGCUUAUCUGUGUUACUGAUGCUUUUGGAACAAGUGAUUCUCUUGAAGCCUGUAGCAUUUACUUGGCCUACUACCUGUGCAGUGAAAUGGCUAUUUGGGGGUGUCACUGCUCUAUAGCAGUUCCUUAUAGACUAGGCACAGUGAAGCAGAGUGCCCUCUUUUGAUCUGGUCUGUUUUACCCCAGAUUAUGUAGCCUCAGUUAGUGUGUUGUCAUGUCACAGUGGAUUCGUUGUGGCUUUUUAUAAUGACUUCCACAUAUGUGAGGUGUGGCUGUGUUUGCCUGAUCUCGUGAGCCUGUUUAGAAUGAGCCUAUCCUUGUCAUAUUUGACAGAUAUGACUGCUUGCAUUUAUUAUUAUGGAGGUCAAAUGUUGUUUGAAGAUAUUCUUGUUAAGUCAUAGUUUUCAAGUAAUCACCAUUUCCUCUGAAAAUUCUACUGUAUAGUCAAUAAUUUUUAGAGAAACAAAGGCUCUGUGAGCAUGUGUAUAGGUGACAUGCAUUAUAGCAGUUCCUAAGAAGCUCUGCCAUGGAUAAUGCAAACAAGUAGAACUUAAACCCCAAGUGAUAGGUGCAAAGAACAUUGGCAAAUGCGCUUUACCUUUAGUCAUUGACACCGUGUCAUUUCUAUGUCAGGGAACAAAAGAAACACAACCUCUAGAGAAUAAUAUUCAAAGACCAUCUGCAGCUAGUGUGGUUCUUUCCACUUACACACACACACAUACAUACACACACACACACAUUCUCACACACACACAAAGAACAUCAGAAAUUUCAGUUGAAGAGGGCUCCUUAAAUCUGUAAUGAGGCAUCUUCUAAAGCCUGUGCUACCAGUGCCAAGGAGAGGGCUGGCAAUUAGCAGGCAUUUUGAGACCCUUAUAAUGGCUAAUGAAGAGAUCAAGGGUUGAAAUUUUCCCCCAAAUUUCUCAGUGAUAUUUUAAACUUUAUCUUUCUUGUUUGUAUAACUUAACCCAAAGAAUUUUAGUAAUCAUUCAAAAUGUCAUGGGUCUAUCACAGCAUAGGGUAGCUAGUUCUUUAGAAUAGGGAAAUGCAUUUCUGUAAAAAGAGUCCCUUCAUUAACUGGGGUCUGUUUUAAAAUUAAUCUUCCCAGUGAGACUGAUCUUAGAUUCUCUAGGAAAUCUGUGCAG